CGGCGGGCUGGCGCGAAAAUUCUGAGCUGUGUAGCUCUAGGAAGUGAAAUAUUCAUUCAGAAGAAGAGUGUAGACUCUUAAGAAUACAUUUGGCUCUUCACCAUGCGGUUAGGAAAACCUAAGGGAGGUAUAUCUCGGAGCUCGAGCCAAGGAAAAGUCUAUGAGAACCAGCGCAAAACAGGCCGGCAGCGGCAGAGAUGGGGAAUGACUGUUCGCUUUGAAUCAAGCUUGAGUAGACUGAGAAGAAGCUUGGAUGAGAAGCCUUAUAAAUGUGUCGAAUGUGAAAAGAGUUUCAGUCAGAGCUCAACUCUUUUUCAACACCAGAAGAUCCAUACUGGAAAGAAAUCCCAUAAAUGUGCUGAUUGUGGAAAAAGUUUCUUUCAGAGUUCUAAUCUCAUUCAGCAUCGACGGAUCCAUACUGGGGAAAAGCCCUACAAAUGUGAUGAGUGUGGAGAAAGGUUUAAACAGAGCUCAAAUCUCAUUCAGCACCAGAGAAUUCAUACUGGAGAAAAACCCUAUCAGUGUGAUGAAUGUGGCCGAUGUUUCAGCCAGAGUUCCCACCUCAUUCAACAUCAGAGAACCCACACAGGGGAGAAACCCUACCAGUGCAGUGAAUGUGGCAAAUGCUUCAGCCAGAGCUCUCAUCUUAGGCAGCACAUGAAGGUGCACAAAGAAGAGAAGCCUCGUAAAACCCGGGGCAAAAAUAUUAGGGCAAAAACUCACUUAGUAUCAUCUUGGAAAGCUGGUAAAGGAAGGAAGUCAGUGGCUGGUCUCCGCUAAGUAAAGGGCACUGCAACAGCCCUCUUUUAAAAAUAAAAAGCAUUUCUUUUAGAACUGGAGAUAUUUUUUAAUAGUGCACUUAAAUACUGUAUCCUUUCCUAGCAUGGAGACAUUGGGAGUUUAAUGACAUUGGACUGAGAGAAAUUACAUUGAGUCCAGCCUUCCUUAUUUUUUAUGUAACUUGGAGUACAAAGAAUUGAAAAUGUGUUUUGAGAGAAUAUAAGCUUGAUCUCAUUCGAAAUUGCUUCUUGCAUCAUUUUGACAAAACAGUCAUGUUUUGAUGACACGUGUAGAAGUGUAGUUCCAAUGACUACUCAGUUUCAGGAAUUUCUGUGGAAGGAAUACUUAAAAGGGAGAAGAAAUUAAUUCCAUUAGUUUUGGAGUUCUGUAGUAGAUGAGAUUUUAUGUUUGUAAAGUUUUGUAGUGUAUUAGCCAUUGGUUUGUAAGUAUGACUCAAGAUUCAACAUAUUAAAAUGAAUUCAUGUUCACAAAUUUUUAAUCAAGAAGGUGCAUCACUCUAUGUUAGCUUUCCUUUGUUUCUUUCCUGCUGCUUAUGGAUAAUUAAUUAAAGGAGUAGAAUUUCCCUGUUUUUCACUAAAUUCUUAGUAAGUGAUACUCUAGAAGCCAAAGAGAGAACUGAAUUAGACCGCAGGUCUCCUAUUCCUGCUAAUACUAUCCUUUGUGAUGGUGUUACGCCAUGUCACUUGUUUUCCAGAAAUUAGAAUGGAUUUAUGUUAGUCCAUCCCCAUGGCUUUGACUUCUCUUGGCAUUCUCUUGUGCUCUGGCAAACUGAACUAGCCUUUUAGAUCUAUGAAUAAAUAAUUAAACCAAAAUUAUUUUUCCAAAACCAUCUCAACUUGCAAAUUAAAAAUCUACAAUUUACUUGCCUCCCUGCCUUCCCCUUUGAGAGCUUCAUAUAACCCUGAUUAUCUUAAAUGUUUGCCUGUAGCAAAGUGAGGUUUUUAAAAAGUCAAGUGUUGGUGCAUUGUAGCUCCUUUGAAAUCUAAGUUUAACUUUUUCUGAGUUAUAUGAAUUAUUUACAAAACCAAACAAUUUCUCAUCUUUCAUCAGAACAAUGCCGAGUACCAAACAUUUUGAUUAGCCUUCAGCUUAGGUUUUAAUUUCUAUUGAAUGCUAACAUUCUUCUGAUUUUUUUUUUGUAUCUUUCAAAUCAUAGCAGUUCCUGCUGUACUCAUAAUGACAGUUAUCCAUAAAAAACUUUUUUAAAUGGAGUAUUUUGGAUACUACUACCUUCUGUUUAUUUUUCUCUUGGGAAAUUGUUUUGAUGUAGUAGGCAACAUCUAAAAUCACAGCCUUUGGAAGAAUCACUUAUUUUGUCUGUCUUUGAUUGUCUCAUACUUGAACUUUGCCUCCCUCGUGGCCUUGUAUUUGAGUGCAGAGUCAUAGAAGAUGGCUUUGUUGACAGCAUUUCAUCCAAUAGGAUAUCCACAAAGUGUUUUGUGAGUACAGGCAUGCCUUGGAGUACCACAAUAAAGCAAAUAUCGUGAGGAA